GUUGUCAAAAAUCCCAUUCUCAUCACAAUUCAAUCAAUCAAUCAUUCUUUUUGGAAAGCAUUAUUUUGCGCACUCUAUUCAAAUAUAUAAAUAAAAUCAUGAUUACCAGCCCAAGAGCCCUUAUAUUUCUACAUGCUAAGAAUCUUGCCAGCCAGCUGAAGCAUAAUCUGUCUUCAUAUGGAUCACAAGCGAAUGCAAUUGCCAGACUGACAUCUCGAUUAAAAAAAUUUUCUUAUGGACUGAAUAUGGAUUAUGUUAAUCCUUCUACUGUAGUUAAAAAAGUCAUGAGUGGAUUAACUCCAAGCAUGAAGACAUCAGAAUUGGACUGCUUGGCUGCGGAAAUCUGUGCAACUAUGACAACAUUUCAUCCUGAUUAUGCUAUAUUGGCUGGACGUAUUGCUAUCUCUAAGCUUCAUAAUGAAACAAAAGAAUCCUUUAGUAGUGUAAUUGAGGACUUGUAUACAUUGGUGAAUAAAAAAACUGGGAAACAUGCCCCACUAAUAUCAGAUUAUAAUUUCAAUGUGAUUAUGAAGAAUGCUGAGAAACUGAAUUCUAUCAUUGACCACAAAAGAGAUUACAAUUAUAACUAUUUUGGAUUUAAGACUCUGGAACGAUCAUAUUUGUUAAAAAUAGAUGAUAAAGUGGUUGAAAGACCCCAACAUAUGUUGAUGCGAGUUGCUAUUGGGAUUCAUGGUGAAGACAUUGGUAAGGCUAUUGAGACUUAUCAUCUAAUGUCUGAGAAAUGGUUCACUCAUGCAUCUCCAACUCUUUUCAAUGCUGGCACUCCAAGACCUCAGUUAUCAAGUUGUUUUUUGCUUGAUAUGGAAUCUGAUAGUAUUGAUGGCAUCUUCAACACUUUAAAAAGAUGUGCCAUUAUUUCGAAAUAUGCUGGUGGUAUUGGAUUAAAUGUUCAUAAAAUACGAGCAAAGGGCUCAUACAUAAAUGGUACGAAUGGUACAGCAAGUGGACUUGUACCUAUGCUGAGGGUCUUCAACAACACAGCUCGAUAUAUAGGCCAGGGAGGAAAUAAGAGGCCUGCUGCCUUUGCCAUUUAUUUAGAACCAUGGCACGCUGAUAUUUUUGAAUUCCUUAACUUGAAAAAAAAUAUUGGCAAAGAAGAGCAGAGGGCUCGAGAUCUGUUUUAUGCUUUAUGGAUACCCGAUCUGUUCAUGAGAAGGGUGCGGGAGGAUGGAGUUUGGUGCUUAAUGUGCCCUCAAGAGUCACCAGGACUUCAGGAUUGUUGGGGUGAUGAAUUUGAACAAUUGUAUGAAAAGUAUGAAAAAGAAAAUAAAUUUAGAAGAAAAGUGAAAGCUCGAGAUCUCUGGUAUGCAGUUGUAGAGUCACAAAUUGAAACAGGAAUACCAUAUAUGCUCUACAAAGACACUUGCAAUCGUAAAUCAAACCAAAAGAACUUAGGCACAAUGAAAGGGAGCAAUUUAUGUACAGAAGUUAUUCAGUUCAGCUCUCCAAAUGAGGUUGCUGUUUGCAAUUUAGCUUCCAUCUCACUCCCUAGAUGUGUUUUAAACAAUAGUUUGUAUGAUUUUGAGAAGUUGAGAGAAAUCACAAAAGUUGUUACUUACAAUCUUAACAAAGUGAUUGAUAUCAAUUACUACCCUAUUCCUGAGGCCGAACUGUCUAAUAAAAGGCAUAGACCCAUUGGAAUUGGAGUCCAAGGACUGGCUGAUGCAUUCAUUUUGAUGCGUUUUCCAUUUGAUAGCGAUGAAGCACAGAAGCUGAAUGUAGAAAUUUUUGAAACAAUUUAUUUUUCUGCUCUGGAAGCUAGCUGCGAAUUGGCUCAAAAGUUUGGACCAUAUGAAACUUACUUUGGUUCUCCUGCAUCUAAAUUGAUACUGCAGUAUGACAUGUGGGAUGUGAUUCCAUCACAAAGGUGGAAUUGGAAAGCCUUGAAGCAAAACAUUGCCAAAUAUGGUUUGAGAAACAGUCUUCUAGUUGCCCCCAUGCCUACAGCAUCUACAGCUCAGAUUCUUGGAAAUAAUGAAUCAAUAGAACCCUACACAAGCAAUAUUUAUUCCAGAAGGGUCCUAUCAGGGGAAUUUCAGGUUGUGAACCAUCAUUUAGUGAAUGAUUUGACUAAAUUAGGUCUUUGGGAUCAAAAUAUGAAGAAUAAAAUCAUAGCUAAUCAUGGUUCCAUACAGAACAUUAACAAGAUUCCUGAUGACCUUAAGAGGUUGUACUGCACUGUAUGGGAGAUACCUCAGAAAACCAUCCUAAAGAUGGCGGCUGACAGAGGCGCUUUCAUUGAUCACAGCCAAUCCUUGAAUAUUCAUAUAGCCCAGCCAAGUUAUGGAAAAAUGACUAGCAUGCAUUUCUAUGGGUGGAAGUUGGGACUGAAGACUGGAAUGUAUUACUUACGAUGUCAACCUGCAGCCAAUGCCAUUCAAUUUACAGUUGAUAAAAAUUCACUGACAGAAAAUUCUUCAAGGCAAAAUGUACAAAGAAAUCAAGCAGCUGAAAUAUUUCCUUCACUAGAUAAUAAUGUCUGCAAUAGUUGCAGUGGAUAGAUUUUUUUAAGAAUUUUUUUUCCCCUGGUAAAUGAAUAAUGCAUCAUAAUUUUCAAUUUUGUGUAAUUUUAAAAUGUUUAUUUUGAUGUCUAAAUUUUUAAAGUGAGAAUCAUAUUUUUAUUUCGAUGUUUUAAUAAUUAUAAUUUAAUUUAUUGUCAUGUCAUAU